GGGCGCAGGGCUCGGGCUAGCUGCGGGGCCGGCCCGGAUGGCGGGCGGCGCAGGCUGGGCGGGCGCCCCCGCGGCUCUGCUGCGCUCCGUGCGCCGCCUGCGCGAGGUGUUCGAGGUGUGCGGCCGCGACCCCGACGGCUUCCUGCGCGUGGAGCGCGUCGCGGCGCUCGGACUGCGCUUCGGCCAGGGCGAGGAGGUGGAAAAACUGGUGAAGUAUUUGGACCCCAACGACCUGGGGAGAAUCAACUUCAAGGACUUCUGCCGAGGGGUGUUCGCCAUGAAAGGGUGUGAGGAGCUGCUGAAGGAUGUGCUGUCCGUGGAGAGCGCCGGGACGCUGCCCUAUGCGCCGGAGAUCCCGGACUGCGUGGAGCAGGGCAGCGAGGUGCCAGACCCCACCUUUGCUGAUGGCGAGCUCCUCCCCAGGGAGCCUGGCUUCUUUCCCGAGGACGAGGACGAGGACGAGGCUAUGACGCUGGCCCCGCCCGAGGGUCCCCAGGAGUUGGACAUGGAGGGCCCCAUGGAGAGCACCCGGAGCCUGGACGGGUCGCUCGGGAUGCCCGCCGAGAAGGACGCAGGGCUCGGGAGCCUGUUCCUGCCGGAGGACAAGUCCCGGGUCCACACUCCACCCAUGACCACGUCGGACCUCUCCACGCACUCCACCACCUCGCUGGUCAGCAACGAGGAGCAGUUCGAAGACUACGGGGAGGCGGAUGACGUGGACUGUGCCCCGAGCAGCCCCUGCCCCGACGACGAGACCAGGACCAACGUCUACUCGGACCUGGGGUCGUCCGUGUCCUCCAGCGCGGGGCAGACGCCUAGGAAGGAGCGGCACGCGUACAACAGCGAGUUGCUGGAUGUUUACUGCUCUCAGUGCUGCAAGAAGAUCAACCUGCUCAAUGACCUGGAAGCCCGGCUGAAAAACCUCAAGGCCAAUAGCCCCAACCGAAAGAUCUCUAGCACGGCCUUCGGACGGCAGCUCAUGCACAGCAGCAACUUCAGCAGCAGCAAUGGCAGCACCGAGGACCUGUUUCGGGACAGCAUCGACUCCUGCGACAACGACAUCACAGAGAAGGUGAGCUUCCUGGAAAAGAAGGUGACAGAGCUGGAAAAUGACAGCCUGACCAACGGGGACCUGAAGAGCAAGCUGAAGCAGGAGAACACGCAGCUGGUGCACAGGGUGCACGAGCUGGAGGAGAUGGUGAAGGACCAGGAGGCCACGGCCGAGCAGGCCCUGGAAGAGGAGGUGCGGCGCCACCGUGAGGCCUACGGCAGGCUGGAGCGGGAGCGGGGCACGGAGAUCGAGCUGCUCAACACCAGGGUGCAGCAGUUAGAGGAAGAAAAUGCCGAGCUCAGAACGACAGUGACUCGGCUUAAGUCACAGACAGAGAAGCUGGAUGAGGAGCGGCAGCGCAUGUCCGACCGGCUGGAGGACACCAGCCUGCGGCUCAAGGAUGAGAUGGACCUGUACAAGCGCAUGAUGGACAAGCUGCGGCAGAACCGCGUUGAGUUCCAGAAGGAGCGGGAGGCUACGCAGGAGCUCAUCGAGGACUUGCGGAAGGAGCUGGAGCACCUGCAGAUGUACAAGCUGGACUGCGAGCGGCCGGGCAGGGGCCGAGGCUCGUCCUCCGGCCUGGGCGAGUUCAGCGCCAGGGCCCGAGAGGUGGAGCUGGAGCACGAGGUGAAGCGGCUCAAGCAGGAGAAUCAUAAGCUACGGGAUCAGAACGACGACUUGAACGGGCAGAUCUUGAGCCUCAGCCUCUACGAAGCCAAGAACCUCUUUGCCACCCAGACCAAAGCCCAGUCUCUGGCUGCGGAGAUAGACACGGCCUCUCGCGACGAGGUAACGUGCUCACCCGCUCUCGCCUCGGAGCCCGGCCCCGUGUCUCUCAUGGAAGCCCUGAGGGAGCAGGAGGAGAUCAACUUCCGGCUGCGGCAGUACAUGGACAAGAUUAUCCUCGCCAUCCUGGACCACAACCCCUCCAUCCUGGAGAUCAAACACUGAGACAAGGGGGGCUGGCUGCAGAGCGGCCUCGGCACCCCCGGACCCCGGGAUUCAGGGCCAAGCCCCGCCUGAGGAUGCGGCCCAGGCCGGGCCUCACGUGCACACUGUAAAGUGACUCUGGCCACCGUGUGAUGUGUACUGGUGUGUGUCGGGGGAGGGGGGGGGAGAGCGUGGCUGCGCGGCCGUGGGCGCCCUCUUGUGCCGUCGGCCGUCCCUGCACUUCGCGGUCCCUCUGCGGGGGUGGGGGUGGGGGGGCAGGGGGUCCUGGAGGGGGGCGGGGGCGAGGUCGGCCGUCAGGAGCCGCCCUAAGAACCAGAGCCGAAGCUUGGGUGUCAGAUACUGGACGAAAUGAUUCUACCUCUGGGGCCAGGAUGAACAAGUCCUUGCGUGAGACGGGCUCUUCCACCCCAUCCCUGCGUCCCCCGGGGGCGUGGGAGCCGAAGGAUGAUCUUUUCCGGGAGGUCCAAUGCCUCACCAACCUCUUCAGCCCCCUUUCAAGCCCCGGUGCUGGAGCUCGGAGAGGAGGAAGGGGUGUUAGGAGGGGGUGGGUGGGGUCCUCUCGAGCCCCUUCCCCCAGCCCGCAGCCCCCGUGAUGCUGGUGCCCCUUGUGUCUAAAGGACUUGGGCUUGCGGAGGCGCUGGAGGGGCGGGCGCCCUUCGUCCUGAGAGAUCUUGGCGUUUUUCGGGUUCUCCUCCGUAGAUGUCCCCGUCCCUGCUUCGCUCCCUCUCCCUUUCUGUCUUUGCUUUGUUUUUUAAGGCAAUGAACAAAUUCACGCGAGUGAAUAUCAAGGAGGAGAAGGAAGGGGGAGGGGCUGGGGGCCGAGGCUGGCUAAUGCCAGGGGAGGAGGGGUCCUUGGGCAGCCAAAGACACGGUUUUCGGGAGGGAGCACGCCCACGUCCCCCGUCAGCAUCCUUUGCGGUGGCUGCAUUUUGAGAGAGAAGCACGGAUGGAGCCUCUGACAGCGCCCCGCAGUUUGGGAAAGGGCCUCGCGUCCCUGUCCCUGGUGGUGGCCUUGGGUCUGGAUUUUCGGAAUCCAGCCUCUGGGUUUGGCACGGCUGCAUAGCAAGGCCCCUGGGUUCCAGGCUUUAGCAACACACCUGUAUUUGGUUCUCAGCCAGGGGAGCAAACACGGUGCGGGGGGGAGAAACGGGGAGCUUGCAGGGCAAUCUUGGUCCCCUCUUGGUGCCACGGGGUGGACAUCACCCCCUGGAGCUUUGGUGUGGCCGUUUGUCCUAGAGGGCUGGGUGUAGAGAUGGUACUUUUCUCUGAGUUUUCCAGUCUGUCUCAGUUUUGUGUGGCUUGUGAUGCGCUUUCUGAAUCCACAUGCACAUAAACAUGUAUGGCCUUCACCCCCUGCCCAUGUCUUGUUCCCUUCAGCCUUUGCAGUGGAAAAACACAAGUCUGGGCAUGUUGGGGAGGCGUGUACGCAGAGGAGAGAGGGCGGGAGAGGGUGAGGAGGGGACCUGGGGACUCCGGCUUGUUCCUGCUCACAGAGCAGGGCUGUGGCCUGCACUGAUGUUCCUUCCCUAACAGGUACCUUUUGCUCUGGUUGGAUUGCCUGAGUUCUUUACACGCAUAUGCAUGGGGGUUGUUUCCUGCAGCAAGUGCCAGGGCCACAUUGGUCUGAUCCAGGACUUUGGGGCCGCCCACACCGGGAAAAUGAGGGCAGGGGCCAGUCUUCUGGGAGUCUCUCAACCCUUCAAGACACUGGUCUCCUUGGGGCGCCUGAGGGUCUGUGCAGAAGCAGUAGAGGAAAGACGGCAACAGAAGGAAAAAAGGAAGGAAAGUGUGUCUCUUGAGGAUUUGCUAAUCUGAAGGGAGCUAGGGAAAGGAAAGAUGAAUUAGGACAUGGCCUUGGUCUGGGGGUUACAUGCGAAGGAGUCUUGCAAAGAGGCCAGCCAAGUCCGGGUCCUGGUCUAUGGGGGCCUCGCCCCAGGCAUGAGCAUUUUAUGGGUGACACUUGAUAUGCCCUUCAGCUGCCCUGAUGUGGGUGGGAUUGGAGGGAAGGCCACCUAAGUGAAUCAAUUAUUUGGAAAGGAGGUGGGAACAGCUGUCGGCCUCAAGGGGGCGCCACGGGAGCAGCCUCCUCCAGGAAGCACUCAUCCAGGCCCCUGGGGACCUGGUCUCUGGAUCUGGGCUGCCUUUAAAAUGAGCCUGAAUCCCACCUAACACUUGCCCCAAGUUAAAUCCAGCUGCCUUCAGCCAGAAUUCAUCACAUUGGCUUUAAGAGUAUGUAGUUUUUAAAAAUGCUCUUCCUUGUUUGAAAGCUGGGGGGGGGGGUGCUAGCUUGAGGGGUCCCCAUGCCCACUACCCCUGGGCAGGUUCCAGAGCUGGGCUGACUCUGAGCAGCUUCCUUCCUGUUUUCUCCUUCAUUUUCCGGUUGAGAGGUGUGCUCUUAAUUCUCAGUGGUGGGGCUGCUAGAUAGUCUACAGGAUACCCAGUUAAAUUUGAACUUCAGGUAAACAAAUGAUUUUUAGUAGAUAUGCCGUGCAAUACUUGGGUCAUACUUUAAACGGAGACAUUUUGGAGUUCCCCAGUGGCUCAGCAGGUUAAGGAUCCAGCAUUGUCACCACUGUGGCUCAGGUUUGAUCUCUGGCCCAGGAACUUACAUGUGCUGCAGGCAUGGCCAAAAAAUAAUAAUAAUAAUAAAAUGGAGAAGUUUUAAAAAUUCUGAUAACUGGGCCCAAUCCCCAGAGGUUCUGAUUUCGGUUGGUAUGAGAUAUAUGCCCCAGGCACUGGAAUUUUUAAAGAAUUCCCCAGGUGGAAGUUCCCAUGUGGUGCAGUGGGUUAAGGAUCUGGCAUUGCUGCAGUUGUAGCACAGGUUGCAGCUAUGGCGUGGGUUCGAUCCCUGGCCCAGGAACUUCCCCAUCCUGCAGGAUGCAGCCAAAAAAAAAAAAAAAAAAAAAAAAAAUUCCCCAGGUGACUGUAAUUCAACUGAGGAUCCCAGGUGGUUUCCAUUUUGCGAACCAACAACCCUACCAAGGAGGGAUUAGCAAUAACUUGUCCCAAGUUUACAGGUGUGGCGGGGUGUGGGGAGGGGGUUCUGGAACAAACUGACGUGGUAGUGACUCUGGGCUCUCCGUGCAUUUAAUCAGAACCCACAUGAGAUUCGUUGAACCAGCAGGUGAGGCACUUUCUGGCUUACGUAGGCCCUGUUUUGGAGGAAGGUAUGAGAAAUAAAGUUCUCGUUUAAAAAAAAGAAGAAAAUUAACUUUGAAUUGUAGAGGUAGACAAGUUAUUUUAAAUAUGUAGGUUCUUUGAGAAUUGUCAGAAGGAAAUUAUCCUUUAUCUUUAAACCUCUAACAUGCUUUAUUUCUGACCUAUUAAAAAUACAAAGCUUGACAACGUCCCAGAGUACUCGUUCCUGCAACAGUGGUUCUCAAUCACCUGUAGUUUUUAUUUUGUGGUUUCCGUUCUCGUGAGUCAUAUUUUAUUGGAUGUAUGUAUUACUUUUUUUUUUAGAAUAUAGUGGAUUUACGGUGUCAUUUCAAUUUCUCAUGUACAGUAUAGUCAGUACAGUGACAGAGUCAUUCAUAUAUAUAUAUAUAUAUAUAUUUUUUUUUUUUUUUUCUCAUACUGCCUUCCAUCACGUUCUAUCCCAAGAGACUGGAUAUAGUUCCCUGUGCUGUUUAGUUUGGUAGAUACAAACUAUUACCUAAGGAGAUGUAUAUUUUUAAAUGAUUUUUAUGUUUUCCAUUGUAGCUGGUUUACAGUGUUCUGUCAUUUCUUACCUGGCAAGAUUUUUAAACUUCAGCUGCCUGGGCCCCCAGAGAGUUGGAUUCAGUUGGUGUGGGUGUGGCUCCCCAGGUGACAUUAAUAUGGGGCCACCACUGAGACUCCUGCCCUAGGAGGUUGCUGGCUGGAGGCAGAGGAUGGCUGGAAAUGGCUGGUGGGCUUGUUAAUCCAGGUGCUGGAUCGCAGUGGGUUCUGCUGUGAUGUUGGUGGCUCUUCCUGUCAUCAUGAUGGCUAUUAAGAGGUUGGCAGAUCCCUCGGCCCCAGGGUGACGCCUUCAGGAGUGGGUGGAUCCAGCUGUUCUCACCAGCCUGGGGGUUAGCGAACCUGAAGGGGCAAGUCUGCCUGUUGCUCAUGGAGUGGGUGGCGUGUAUUGGGGUGCACAGACCCCAGACCCAGUCCAGAGGGGAGAAGGGCAGAGGAGGGAGGUGGGUGCUGACAGCAGCUUCGGAAGCAGCAGCCACAGCUGAGCCCGAGGGGAUUCCCGCCUUGUGGUUUUGCCUCUCAUCUGUUGUCAGGCUGUUGGUAGCUACACCAGCAUCCCUGCCCAGCCCUGGAUGCUCCGGGCACUGGUCCCCGAGAUUCCAGGCCCAGCCAGGUCCCAGGGGUCAGGAUGCUUCUUUUGUUCCAACGAGGGACUUAAUAACCGGCAGAGGCCGACCGGGGCCAACGGGGCCUGGUGGACCUGGGAGAAAUGAAGCCCUCUUUUUGUGCUCCGAGGGUGUGUGUGUGUUUAUUGGCAUCAGCAACUUAAACCUAAACGCUACCUUUGGAUGCGAUCAGCACAGGGAAGUGUUGGGAUGGUUACAGUGCCAAGGAAAUGACAGUUCGCCUGGCAGUCGGACAGCCACUCCUUUAAAGGGCUGAGGCGAGCUUCAGCUUGAGGAGAGGGGCUGUUCAGGACUGCAGCGCGGCCAUCCUCAUUUGGGACUGGGGCAGCCCCUCUAGGGUGAUGCUUCAGACUGGGGAGGGGCCACGGCCUCCAGGGUGACUUUGAGCAAGUCCCUUCCCUGCCAUGACCUUCAGGAGCUCCAGGCCCUGCCGCCCCCUUCUGAGUGUGCAAAGGCAGGGAGCGGGAGAAGCCGGAACUGUGGGCCUACCUUCCUGCCCUCCUGCCACGCUCGACCUACCUGGGGAAAUAGGCUGCCUUCUAGAAAGGUCUGUCUCUAAAAGCAUAGACACUGCGGAGUGUGAUGCCACAUGGCAUUGGUGCUCUGACCUCGGAGGCUCCUCUUUUUGUGGUGCCAGUAAGAGAGGGAUGUCUGCCCAGAGCCCCCCAUAGCGGGGUGGCUGGGAGGAGCAUCCAGGGCCACCCCCGCAGGGUCGCAGUGCUGUGGUCGCGGGAGAUGUGCCUCCCCUGGCCCCCUCUGCUUUGCUGUGCUGCGCGGGCUGUGUUUCGUCUGCAUGGUUUGGAGUCGUCGUCCUCGUGCCUUCUCCUCCCUGUCACUCCUGUACAGGAGUUGCCACUGCCCCCUUUUCUACGUCCUUGCGUUUACCCCGGCCCUUCCCAAGCCCCGUAAAGCGGACACAGCGCCCCACUUGGUGUCCACGGGCUUCCGCCGUGCUCCCCAUGCGCUCACCCACGGGCUCCGGCUCCACUUCCCGCGCUCGCUCUGCCGUGCGGACUCGUUGACCUGGGACCGAAUGCUUCAUUGUGGUUUUUAGCUUGUGGGGCGCAGGCCCACUUAGCCCCUCAUCCAGCCGCCGCCGUUUAGGAGCCCCGCACACUGGAAAAGCCUCGCCUUGUGCAAAACCACUUCUCCCAUAAACCCCUCCCUGCAUCGGUGUGUCAGUAUCUGUCCCCAGCAGGGCGCACCUUUCUAACCGGCCCAGGAGGGCUGUCAUGGGUCUGUGGCUGCUCUGUGGGUCCCACGAGAAUGAACCCCCAGCUUCCAGAAGAAGCUCCAGCUGUGUGGCUCCCAGCACUUUGCAUUGAACCUGGGUUCAAGGCCACUGCCAUCUGGUGUCUAAAUAGCUUUGGACCCCAGGCAGGCACAAGGAAGAAGCUUCCGGGCUGCAUCCCCUGCCUGCCGUUACCAACCAACCACCGAGCCCUUCCUGUAUGCUGAAGGUGCUCAGACCCGGGUGCCAUUAAAUCCCCGUGAUGUCAGACCCAUCUUGAGGGGACCGUGCAUCCUUGAGGACUAGCUCACAGCCUGCUGGCUCCCUUGUCCCGGCUCUUCCCACUUCCUGGGCUGUGUCUCCGGGGCCCGGGUGGGGUGAGCUGCACAUGUGGGCUGGUCCAAGGUUUUGUCAUGUGGCCCUAACGCAUCUCGGGAUCUCCCCAGAGUUUCUGCCCCAGGAGCCUCCUUCUGGAAGCAGGUUUGGCUUUGGGGCUGGGGUGAGACCUCCGCCUCCAGGCUCCAGGGUGGGGAGAGAGAGGUGAGGCUCCGAGGCUGCGUCCCAGGGCCCCGCACUCUCCACCUCCCACCUGCUUCUAGCCCCAAAGGAGCAGGCUCUCGGAGGCAGGCUCCCUUGGGAACGCUCAUGUACAGACCAAGGUGUAAAUAAACACUUUGCUUUUCCUGCCUGA